UUAUCACACUCAUUUUAUCCCUAGCCACUAUUACUUUAGUCAUGCUUAAGUCAACGUUCACGCCCUUUUUCUCAACCAUUCCCGCCAAACCAAGAUUCCCAAAACCAUUACCUUCCACUAUUCUCAGAGCCUUCACACAAAGCGCACCACCUGUUCGACAAAAUGCCUCACUCACCAUUUUCCCACCGCCUACUUCCGCCUACGUCCACCUCCCCUUCUGCCGGAAACGCUGCCACUACUGUGACUUCACCAUCAUCGCUCUCGGCUCUUCUUCAAACCAACCCGAAGGCGACCCACGAAUGGUGAACUAUGUCCAGUUACUCUGCCGAGAAAUCAAUGCCACACAAGUUAAGACCAACCCACCUCUGGAAACGGUCUUUUUCGGAGGCGGCACGCCUUCUCUUGUGCCACCAAAGCUUGUUUCUUCCAUUCUGGAGACGCUGAGGUUGAAAUUCGGGCUGAGCUUGGAUGCUGAGAUAUCUAUGGAAAUGGACCCUGGGACUUUUGAUGGUGAGAAGAUGAAGGGAAUGAUGGAGUUGGGUGUGAAUAGGGUGUCAUUGGGAGUUCAGGCAUUUCAAGAAGAGUUGUUGAAAUCUUGUGGGAGAGCACAUGGUCUUAAGGAGGUUUAUGAUGCUAUUGAAAUUGUUGGGUCAUGUGGGGUUGAGAAUUGGAGUAUGGAUCUUAUCUCUUCUCUGCCUCACCAGACUCCAGAAAUGUGGGAAGAGAGUUUGAGGCUAACAGUCGAAGCUUGCCCUCCCCAUGUGUCUGUUUAUGAUUUGCAAGUGGAACAAGGCACCAAAUUCGGAAGAUUGUACACACCAGGUGAGUUCCCAUUGCCUUCUGAAACACGGUCAGCUGAAUUCUAUAGAAUGGCAUCUCGGACGCUUUCUGAUGCGGGUUAUGAGCACUAUGAAAUUAGCAGCUAUGGCAAGAAGGGGUAUCAGUGCAAGCACAAUCUUACUUACUGGAAGAACCAGCCUUUCUAUGGUUUUGGCCUCGGCUCUGCUAGCCAUGUUGGUGGUGUGAGGUUUUCGAGACCAAAAAUGAUGAACGAGUACAAUGGUUAUGUGGAGAACUUGGAAAAUGGGUUGGUGGACUGUGGUGGGAGUAAAUAUAUUGAUGUCAAGGACAUGGCCAUGGAUGUUGUUAUGCUCUCUCUUAGAACUUCAAGAGGUCUGGAUUUGAAGUCUUUUGGAGAAGCGUACGGUAGCUCCCUUGUUGUCUCUCUUUGCGAGGUUUAUAAACCUUAUGUUGAAAGUGGGCAUGUGGUUUUCUUAGAUGAGCAGAGAAGGGCCAUGACUGUAGAUGAGUUGAACUCCUUCAAACUAAACGAAGAAGAGAUCGAAAAAAGUCUUGCAUAUAUCCGUCUAAGUGAUCCGGAUGGUUUCCUUUUAUCGAAUGAAUUGAUAUCACUUGCAUUUGCAGUUGUAUCUCCGUAAGCCAAGACGAGUGUAUGGCAUAGCAUCAAAAGAGGAUUCAACUCCUGCAUUUUUUGACCGGAGUAUAAGAAAACACUGUAACAGAUAAACAAGCGUAAAGAUUCGGGUCUGAUAAGCGACCAUGCAUCCACAUGCCAAUUAAACACAAGUGAAGCUAGCAGAAGCAAAUUGCCCGUGCUGAGGCACUGCAGAGCAGAACAUGAUGAGAUGAGAUCAACUGGACCAUGAGUCGUAUGGUCUAGCUCAUGAUGAGAUAUGUUAUAUGACUCGUAUUAGCAUUUCAACCCAGCUACCUGCUUUUUCAGUUAAAUUCAAACUAGUUGAUGGUUCUCCUUG